AUGUCUUUUCAAGACACCCUUGGAGAAGGAUCUUACUCGACGGAAUACGCUAUCAAGAUCCUUGACAAGAAUCAUCUCAUUCGAAAGGACAAGAUGCUCGUUACCCUCGCAGAGAAGGACAUCCUCAUCAAACUGGGUUCUCACGAAGAUGAAGACGCGGCAGCUGGUGCUUACGAAUAUACGGCUGUUAUGCGUGAAGCAGAAGGAGGGUGGUCAAGUGGGCUCGUGUUGGGGGCGGGAGAUAGGGAUAAGAAGUGCGAGAGGCUGAGGGAAGGAAAGGAGAAGGAGUACGAUGCAAGUAAGGACUGCGGAAAUGUGAUUGAGAGUGCAGAGCCGAAUGGUGAGCGAGAGUUUGUUAUUUCGAUUACCUACAGUGCAGAGACGAGCGCUGUAUCCACGAUAAGGGUGGAGAAGGCUCUUGUACAUUCGGCGCAUCUCCAGACAUGGGCUCAGGCAUGGAGACUGGAAUCAAAAUGUAAUACCACACCAUCUUCAUGA